GGCUCAGUUAGACUAUAAUCUGCGCUGGAGGAGCAGCAGCGGCUCUUUCUCUCUCAGAUAAACAGUUACUCUCAUUACCUCCUGGAUCAGACUAAUCCCGCUGUGUUUCUGUACGGGUUUAGUUAAACUAGGCAGUCAUGGCUAUAGACGCGCCUGUAGUUCUGUCCGCGCUCUUCUUCACCAUCAUCGCAAUCAUCGUGGCUUCUGCGCUUUUAGCCAAGAAAUCUGGACCGAAGAAGCAGAAGCCGGAGAAACAGGCGAGAGCGGAGCCGGAGCGGGGGGAGCAGCCGGUCCCGGCCCGGGCUUCUGUAGUGGAGGACAUCGGAGCGGCGGAGGAGCCUCCGGUUCAUGAAGUCUUCUCAGCACAGCGAGCACUGAUCCAGACUGCUCCAGUGCCUGAGACGGAACCCUUACCUGAGGUCAUCACAGCUCCAGCCCCUUCGGAGGAGUCCCCCUCUCAGCAUGAGCUUGAGACCCAAGAAGCACCUAAACCAGUUCCAGUGGCAGAACCAAUCUCAGAGCCGUCACUUCCUGUUUCAGAACCUGCCAUAGAGCUUUUCCCAGAAUCUGCCUCUCAGCAAGUUUCUGAAGCUGUCCUUCACCUAGACGCUGCCCCUGAACUAGUCUCAGAAGCUGCCCCAGAGCCCGUCUCAGAGCCCACACCUGCACCAGUGCCAGAACAGUCCCCUGAGCCUGUUUCAGAACCAAUUUCAGAGCCAGUUUCAGAGCCUGCAACAGAACCAAUUUCUGUACCAAUUCUGGAAUCAGAUUCAGAACCUGUUUCUGAACCGGUUUCAGAACCUGCACCAGAACCAAUUUCUGUACCAAUUCUGGAAUCCGUUUCAGAACCCAUUUCUGAACCAGUAUUAGAACCUGCACUGACACAAACGUCAGAAGCUGUGCCUGAACCAGCAUCAGAACCCAUUUCUGAACCAGUUUCAGAACUUGAACCAAAACAAACUCAAGAAGCUGUGCCUGAACCAGCAUCAGAACCCAUUUCUGAACCAGUUUCAGAACUUGAACCAAAACAAACUCAAGAAGCUGUGCCUGAACCAGCAUCAGAACCCAUUUCUAAACCAGUUUCAGAACCUGCACCUGAACAAAUUUCAGAAGUCCAUCCUGAACCAGCAUUAGAACCCAUUUCUGAACCAGUUUCAGAACCUGCACCUGAACAAAUUUCAGAAGCUGUGCCUGAACCAGCAUCAGAACCCAUUUCUGAACCACUUUCAGAACCCGCUCCUGAACAAGUUCCAGAACCUGCGCAAGAAAAAAUAUUUGAAGUCAUUUCCGAACCAGCAUUAGAACCUGUGCCAGAACCUAUUUCAGAACCUGCUUUUGAACAAGUUCCAGAACCCGUUCCUGAACCAAUUUUAGAACUAGCACCAGAACCAAUUUCUGCACCUGCUGCCAAUCCAGUUUCAGAACCUGCAUCAGAUCAUGUUUUGGAACCUAAACCUGAGUCAACUCCAGAAGCCGUACCAGAAGUUGUAGAGCAAAAUGAUGUGUCAUCUGUUCCAGUGGAAGCUGAAGCAGAGACUCCAAGUUUCAAACCCGGCAAGAAAAUGAUCAAUGCAGUUGAUAAGAGGUUGACCAAGGAAGAGCUGGAGGAGGAGCAAAGAAUAGAGUUCACAAGUGAUUUUACCUCUCUUUAAACACCAACAUCAGAAAGUGUUUGUUUGAUUCCACCGGACAGCUGAGUAAGCAGAACUGAACACCUUUACCUGGUCCUCUGUGUCUGUUGUGCUUGAGGUGUACAAGUGCUCUUCCUAAAAGGAACCACUGUAGGCUUCUGAAGGAGUUACGUUUUGUUGUAAUGCUCUUUUGUGUUUUAAGCUCCCCUUUUCUCUCUAUGUACAGACUGUGGUUUUACAUUUUAGCUUUUGAAAUGAAAAAUUUACCUUAUAAAACAGUCUAGAACAGCCUAGAAUCUGUAGAUUGCUAAGUUCUUACUUUCAUUUUCUAUUCAUUACUAAAGCUCUCUAAGAGCCUAGAAAGUACAAGAUUACCCUUCUGUGCCUCAAGUUUGCAUUAGAUUUAAGCAGUUUUUAUUAUCUGACAAACAUACUUAAUUAAACGUUUAGUUUUUUUAGGUUAAAUAUAUAACCUAAAUAUAGUAUUUUUUCUUUUUCAGUUUUGUAAUAAAUUAUUGACAGUUUGUUUUUAGACAGCAUGACAACAGUCAAAAUGAAUUUAAGUCAUUCAGUUUGCACAGUUCUAAGUGUUAAAGGGUUAUAGUUUGCUAUUAUUUGUUAGCUACAUUAGCCUCACAGUUUCUGUGCAAAACAAAAGAAGCAUGUCUUAAUGAUUUACAUACAUUUGCUGUAUGGGGAAAUGAUUAUUAUAGUUUUGCAGUUAAUGCAAGAAAGGAGUAUUUUAUUCAGAAAUGCUGACGUCUGUAGCAGUGAAAGAAAAUUAAUUCUGACCAGACAUGAAUUCUGUAAAAUAGCAGCAUUUUAGAUUAAAUUUAUUACAUAUGCAAAACAAAUGUAGUGACAUUGUCUCUAUAAUGUUUUAUUUAUUGGCUAUUGUUAUAUUUUAUCAAUAAAAGCCAAGUGGGUGAAUCAC